AUGCUGUCCACGCUCGUCCUGGCGCUGGCCGCUGUCCACGGCGCAACAGCCCACUUUGGCCUGACGUACCCGCCGUGGCGAGCAGACACGCUCGCCGCCGAGAAUGAAGCCAAAUACAGCCAAUGGAGCUACCCAUGUGCUGGCGUCGACUACAAGGCCGGCAACGUGACAGACUGGCCCAUCGGGGGAGGACUCCUCGCCCUCGACCUGCACCACCCCUGGACCUACGUCUUUGUCAACCUCGGGCUGGGCGAGAACGCGACCAACUUCAACGUCUCGCUCACCCCUCAGUUCUGGAACGUCACCGGCAAGGGCACCCUGUGCGUCGACAAGCUCCCCGUGCCCGUCGACGUGCAGGACGGCGCCCUGGCGUCGCUGCAGGUCGUCACGUCGGGCGCGAGCGGCUCCGCCCUGUACAACUGCGCCGACAUCCGGUUCAAGAAGGACGCCAAGACGCCCGGCAACUGCACCACCUCCAAGGGCAUCACCGUGCAGAACGUGACGGGGCAGUCGUCCGCCGGCAACGCCUCGGGGAACGGUACUUCUGACGGCAAGCAGAGCGCCGGUGUCGCGGCGGGAGCCAACGUCGUGGCCUUGGUAACCGUGGCUGCCUUGGCUUCUGGGUUUGCAAUGGGCCUGUGA